UGCCAAUAUGAGUAGUCAUAACAAGAAGUGGUGUGCUUUCGGGGUCUACACGCAAGGGUCCCUACUAUAUAAAUUGAAAAUUUUCUUUUCUGUCAACAUUGCGGCAAAGACUUGCGGGUAAAGCAGAAUUAAAGAAAAAUACCACAAAGUACAUUCCUUUCUAUAAAAAUAGACGGACACCAAAUAUGUCGUCAACGGACAUGUCUAAUGGAGAUUUCAGGUCUGAAUUCCGAUGGGCGGGAAAGGAGCACCCUCACUUCCGACCAGAAAUGAACGUUGUUGCAGGUCAUGAUUUGUAUAACAUGAGGCCGAACGAGAGACAACGACUAAAAGUAGACUUGAAGAAAGCCCAACAAAUUCCGGUGGAUGUACCAAAUCAACCCAACGCUGGUUUCCGAAGGUACCGCUCCGAUUCUACUAGUUCUGACAACGGGACCAUCUCUCCCAUCGGGUCCCCAUCAGCUUUUAGUCCAAUAUCCGUCCCUUCGUCCUCCCUCCCGUCCGAGUCCUCAGGCAGAUUUCUGGCCCGUGCAUUCAGCUUAGAGAAGACGCGCCCCACGUCUGCAGAGAAGUAUUUCAAAAACGAAUUUGACAUUAAAUGGCAGUAAUGCAGUCUUUCAAUCGGACAGACGGGUGUGCAUAUAUUAAGGACUACUAGUCUAUGUGAAUGGCAUUAAAAUGUUGCACAUCUAGUUCAUCCUCAUCUUUGUAGCUGCGAUCUCAUUAAAUGUGUGCACAUAACAUGACAAUAUUACGUUCCAUGGACAUAAAAUAUGAUGCAUUGAUUUUUCAUUACUAAGGUAAUAAUUUCAUUGUUUAGUUCACAUUUUGUAAAUAUUUCAUCAUGCACUUUUGCAUUCGUGUUUUGUAUUAAAUUGACACGUUCUUGAGUUGAUUGUUGAUGUAAAAUAUUACAUGUGCACGGUCAGUGCUUCUGGUCUAGUUGUUAGUUAACAAAUCGUACUGAAAAUUUAUUUUUUUGUACAAAUAAAAUCUGAAAGAUUUA